CUGAAGAGCAAGAGCUGUCGUCCUCCUCCAAGAAGAAUUACGUUGUGAGAGCGUAACUUAGACGUAGUCCAAGUAAGCAUGCUUUUAUGAAACAACUGGUCGGUUUGUUGGUUUUUUAAUCAGGCAGAAGUGUGAAGUAAGUUUUUCAAGUAAGCGUUUCUCAGAAGCCAAUGCUUGAGCACCGCGGCCAAAGGAGUGCAAGGCGACUUGACUUGAUCCGGCGUCCACACAUAAUUCCGAGUGUGUCCAUGGCAUAACGCCGGCUCUGCGACUUCUUUCCGGGGGAGUGGCCGUCCUACCUCACCCCGCUGCCACAUUGCUGGAGUGCCAUAGCAUCACUGUGGUUACUGUGUAACACUCCCAAGAAGUGCCAUUGUUACUGUAACCAUGCCGGCCCUGUCUACGGGAACAGGCCCUGACACAGGUCUGUAUGAGCUGCUGUCAGUGUUGCCAUCUCAGCUGCAGGCUCAUGUGGAGAGUGCAGAUGACCGCUCCUUUCUACACACCAUGUUCGGGGAGAGGAGUCUGCACUCACUUGUUAAGAUCCAUGAGAAGUUACAGCAUUAUGAGGAGACCUGUCCUGCUCCAGUAUUGGACAGUGCUGGUGCUCUUGCCCAGGGCUUGUCUGAGGAGCUGCAGGCUAAGCCACUGAGUGCUGAGGUCAGAGAGCUGCUGAAGUUGCUGUCAAAACCCCACGUGAAGAGUUUGCUGUCAGUUCAUGAUACAGUGGCUCAGAAGAGUUAUGAGCCUGAGCUUCCUCCUCUGCCAGACGACAUCGACGAUGAUGAAGAUUCAGUGAAAAUCAUCAGACUCGUCAAGAAUAAAGAGCCUCUGGGGGCCACCAUCAAAAGGGAUGAACGCACAGGGGCCAUCGUAAUAGCCCGCAUCAUGAGAGGAGGAGCAGCUGAUAGAAGUGGCCUGAUCCACGUAGGAGACGAGCUGAAAGAGGUCAACGGUAUCCCCGUGGGUGACAAGAAACCAGAGGAUAUCAUUCGCAUUCUGGCCCAGUCUCAGGGUGCCAUCACAUUUAAAGUGGUGCCAGGCAUACAGGACGAAGGCCUAGCUAAGGAGCCGAAGGUGUAUCUGAGGGCUCUGUUUGACUAUAACCCGGAGGAGGAUAAGGCUAUUCCCUGUAGAGAGGCAGGUCUGGCCUUUAGGAGAGGGGAUGUGCUGCAGGUCGUGUGUCAGGAUGAUGCCACAUGGUGGCAGGCCAAGCAUGAAGGAGACGUCAACCCCCGCGCCGGCCUCAUCCCGUCCAAGCACUUCCAGGAGAGGAGGCUUGCUCUCAGACGACCCAUGACCAACACUCAGCCUCAGAAAAUCUCAAGAAAACCAUCUGGUUUCCGGAGGAGUUUCCGGCUCAGCAGAAGAGACAAGAAGACGAAUAAGUCUAUGUAUGAAUGUAAAAAGAGUGAGCAGUAUGACACUGCUGACGUCCCAACUUACGAAGAAGUGGCCCCUUAUCGCAAAGGACACGGAGCCAAACAUAGACUCGUCAUUUUGGUCGGUCCUACUGGAGUGGGUUUGAAUGAAAUGAAGAGGAAGUUGUUAAUAUCUGACCCGCAGCACUUCGGUGUCACCAUUCCUCACACCUCUCGAACGAAGAGGAGCCAAGAGAGUGAUGGUGUGGAGUAUCACUUCAUCUCUAAACACCUGUUUGAAACAGAUAUUCACAACAACAAGUUUAUUGAACAUGGUGAAUACAAGGGGAAUUACUAUGGGACGAGUGUGGACUCUGUUCGGUCAGUUUUAGCCAAAAACAAGGUGUGCCUUCUGGAUGUGCAGCCCCAUACACUGAAGCAUCUCCGCACAGCUGAAUUUAAGCCCUACGUGGUGUUUGUGAAGCCUCCGUCCAUCGAGCGUUUAAGAGAGACCAGGAAGAAUGCUAAAAUAAUCUCAGGCAAGGAUGACAAGGGCUCAUCCAAACCUUUCAUGGAGGAAGACUUCCAGGAGAUGAUCAAUGCCGCUCAGCUGAUGGAGAACCAGUACGGUCAUCUCUUUGAAAAGGUCAUUGUCAACGACGACCUGGCGGCUGCUUUCAGUGAGCUGAAGCUGGCCCUGAGGAAGGUGGAGACAGAGACUCACUGGGUCCCUAUCAGCUGGACACACUCAUGAGAGACAGCACACAAACAGAGAAAGUUUCAAAAAAGAAGCAACACAACAAAGGGAAGAACAUUGUAGUCUAUGACUGCAGACAGAGCUUUCAUUUAGGCUAAAUCUGGUGAUGGGGGUUGCUUUUGGGAUAUUUUAACAGAUCUAUGAUGGUUUAUGGGUUCCUACAACACUAAAAGAAGGAAUUAUGGGUUUGUUUUUGUUUGUAUUUGGUCAACAUAGCUGGACCGGAGUGGACUGAACUGUCUAAUUACACUCAAAUGUCGUCAAGUGUUUCUGAUCGUUUAGCAGCCACUACGGAAGUGUGUUUACGCCUGACUGCCAAUCAAGUGGUUGAGUGGCAUUGACCGCUCUGUGGUGUAAUUUUAAUGUUAGUUUAUAGAAACCAAAGGGAUGAUUAUUAUUUUUCUGUGUUCAGUGUACAUUUUUGUAUUGAAGCUUAGAUGUGAAAUAUGGGAAAGUACAAACAGUUUGGCCUUUUAAGUCUUAAACUGUUCUCAUUGGGUGACGCUUUUUUAAGCACACAAACCCCCUGUGAGCUGCAGUGUUAGUACAACACAGACAAAACAUUUACUCAGAACAUUGAUGAAUGACCUCCAGGGGGGUCUAUGUAGUAAUAUUUAAUUAGAAAAUUAAUAUAUUUUAAUAUUUUUUUCUGAUGUUUAUACAUUUUAUAUACACACAAGCAAUAUCUUAACCAUCUGUCCUUUAAAAAAAAGGUUAGAUCAACACUCCAUGGAGUAUUUUUCAAAAUAAUGUCUAAUAAUGAUGAUUACUGCUGAAGAAUGAAAUCGGAAUCCUAUCAGAAUUAAAAGGCUUAUCAGCUCAGGAGACCUUUUAAUGUGUAAUAUUCUGCUCUCAAGAUCUGAGGCAGAUUAAAAGAGGAGUGAGGUUUUACUCUGAUUACAAAGCUUAAAAAUAAGGCAGGUCAACACAUCUCAGAGAAACAUUUGAAAUUCUGUCUGAAACGUCUCUAUGACAGAGGUGUGCAACUAGUCCUGGAGGGUCAGUGUCCUGCAUAGUUUAGUCAAUUCCCUUUCAAAGACAUUACCAAACUGAGCUUGACACCAGUCCUCCAGUAGAGUAGACUACCUCUGCUCUCUGGCUUGACAUUAAAAAGGAAUUCCACAGACGUUUCAGUGUUUUACCAUUUUUAUUUUUUUUUAGCAUAAUUCAGUUGUUGAGAUCUAAAGGAAGUCAUUCAGAGUGCUCUGAUGUGAAAUGGUGUGUUCUACAGAACUUACCAACAAGUUCUUUGCAGUUAUGGUGAUUGGAACCAGAGAUCCUAGUGUUUACAGUGCAAAUAUAGUUUUACUAUCCAAACCACCAGUGGAAUUACACGUAUUUUGUGUUUUUUAUACAUGUUGCUGAUGGUAAAAAAGUGGCUAAUCUCCAAACAAAAAAAAAAACAAAAAAAUGACCUUUUUCUUUGGGGACUGUUAUAACGUUUCCAGCCAUGCCUAACCUCUCUAGCAUUAAUGGACUUGAUAUAAAUUUAAAUUCAAAACUAUUGUAAAUCAGUGUCUCAGGCAUCAGGCAGCAUAUUUGUAGCCAUUUCAUGUAUUUGUAGCCAUUUCAAGCCCAAGUUGGGAUGUUGUGCAAAAUGUAAAUAAAAAAAUGCAAUUAUGUCCAAAUCAUUUAAACCACAAUAGUACAAUGACAACAUCUCAGCUGUUGAAACUGAGAAAUUUUGUUUUUUGAAAAAUAUAUGCCCAUUUUAAAUUUGAUGUCAGUGAUGUUGUUUGAAUUAAGUUGGGAUGAGGGCAUGUUUACCACUGUGUUGCAUUACCUCUUCUUUUAACACUCUAUAUGCAUUUGGGAACUGAGGAAACCAACUGCUGCAGUUUUGAAAGUGAAAUGUUUUCCUGUUCUUGCUUGAUAUAGGAUAUAGGACAUUGUCUUGCUGAAAUAAGCAAGGCUUCCCCUGAAAAAGAUGUCAUCUGAAUGACGGCUCCAAAAUUUGUACAUAUUGUUCAGCGUUAAUGGUGCCUUCACAAAUGUGCAAGUCACCCAUGGAUGCUGGAUGACUGGACCACAGGACCCUUUUCACUUCGCCUCAGUCCAUCUUAAAUGAGCUCUGGCCCAGCUGCAUUUGUGGUUCCUGUUUACAUAUGGUUUCUGCAUUGCAUGGUAGAGUUUUAACCUGCAUUUGUGGAUGAGCCCAUGCAACAAUUACCAGUAUAGAAUCUUACCUGUUUUUAAUGCAUUGCUGCUCAAAGAUCACAGCCAUCCAGUAUUGGUUUUUGGCCUUGUCCCUUGCAAACAGAUUUCUGUGGAGUAGAUGAUGAAAAUGCCCAAGUUCUUUGCGAGUUUGAGAAACAUUAUUUUUUUAAUUGUUGUACUAUUUGUCUGUACAGUCUUUCACAGAGUGAAAAAAGAUGAACCCUUCUCCAAGUCAGUGUUGCACCAGGUGUUUUUUCUAGCAUUACACAACUUUACUAGCCUUUUGUUGCCCCCGUCCCAACUUUUUUUAAAACAUGUUGGCUUCAAAUUUAAAAUGGGCAUAUAUUUUUUUCAAAAAACACUACGAUUACUCUAUUUCGGCAUUUGAUAUAUUGUCUUUGUGCUAUUUUCAAUCAACUGUAGGCUUUAAAUGAUUUGCACAUCAUUGAAUUCUGUUUUUAUUUACAUUUUGCUGUGUCACAACGUUUUUGGAAAAAGGUUAUAAUAGUUUUUCACGAGUGAGCAUUUAGAGGCAUUAAAUGAUUCAGAUGUCUACUUUCUAUCAGUACUAUUGUGAACAUUUAUGACUCUUAGGCUUCUUUAGUAUGGAGCAUUUCACAUCAAACCUCUAUGAUUGACUUUGUUUGCAUCUCAGCCAUAAAAUUUUGCAGCAAUUUUGAAAAAUCUAAGGACCUCCCCUUUACCAGUAGUCAGUCUUCUGUACUUAUACCAUUUGUUUUUAUUUGUUGCCCCCCCCCACACACACAUUUUUAGUCUUCCAUUUACUCUUUUGGCUCCUCUUGUUUAUCUUCUGCUGUCUCCAUCUUAAUUUGUUUAGGUGAAACAUUCCAUCAAUAUACAUUUUGUACCCUUGCCUUCAUUACCAAGGGACACUUCCAUCUUUCUUGUGCUGUCACAGCUCAGAGACACUUCUUAAAGUGAAAUACAGCAAUAAGUGAAAGUCAUUAAACUGGUUCUUCCUAAACAGCA